CCCCCCGUGCUUGUGCUGUUUUAUCAGCAACUGCCAGCGUCCACCAUCUCCAGCGGCUGGUACAUUUUUUGUUGUCAUGGUAACUGCUGAAAGAAGCAGGGAUGUGAUGUAAAAGCAGUUUUUCGUUAACCAGCGUCUGGUGUUUUUUUUUUUAUUUCUGGUUAAAUAGCAAUGAACUGCAACAAUAAGAACAUCUAUUUAAACUCGCUUUAUUAGAGUUCUGUUAAAUAAAAAAAAAACGUGCCUACACAUGCAGUUUCUUAUGUAAGGUUGAAGAGCAGAAAGUAUCAUUUAGUUAGUGCAAGUCAGUGAGAAGCAAGAAGCAAAUAUUAUUUCUUAAUUUGUUCUGUCCAGUUGCACAAUGAACACUGAUAGUCGGCAGUGGGUGGGAGAGGACCACUCCAUGGUCAGCCGUAUGCAGAAAAAAUUCUGGAAAACUAAACAGGUUUUGAUUAAAGUUACUGGAAAGAAAGAAGAUGAACAUGUAGUUGCAUCAGAUGCAGAGCUGGAUGCCAAACUAGAGGUAUUUCAUUCAGUUCAGGCAACAGGAUCAGAGCUUAUCAAAAUGAUUGAUAAAUACCAGCAUGCACUGAAUGCUUUGUCCGAAGAAGAGAAUGAUUUAGGCCUGCAUUUAAAGGUACAUGCAGAGCAAAAUAGUACAGACGCCGGAAAAAUGAUGAAAGCCACAGGAAAUGCUCUUUGCUCUUCUGCUCGGCAAAGGUUGGCAAUCUGUACCCCACUAUCCCGCUUGCAACAGGAGAUGGAUACUUUUAGUAGACGGGCGGUCUCUGACACCCUAAUAACUAUCAAUAGAAUGGAGACAGCACGGACAGAAUAUAGAGGAGCCUUGCUGUGGAUGAAGGAUGUGUCCCAAGAGUUGGACCCUGACACCUAUAAACAAAUGGAAAAAUUCAGGAAGGUGCAGAUUCAGGUUAGAAACACCAAGAGCUUUUUUGACAAGACAAAGAUGGAUGUGUGCCAGAAGGUAGAUCUCCUUGGCGCCAGUCGAUGUAAUCUGUUAUCACAUUCACUAGCUUCAUACCAGAAAACACUUCUGCACUUCUGGAAAAACACAGCACAAAUUAUGUCUGAAAUACAGGAGGAAUUUCAAGCAGUGCUUACAUACAGUGUUUUCCAACCAAAGCCUGAUACACAGCUAUCUGAAGACAAGCCAGCGAGCACAGCAGAGGACAGUGAAACGCUACUUAAGUUACAAGGGGAAAGGCCUGCAGAUCAUGGAGCAGAAACAGCGUCAAAUGAUCUACUCCUGGAAUGUACUGAGGGAGAGGAUUUUGAAAAGGAGUUUUCUUUUUUGAACUUGCAGCCAUUUAUUCCUCCUGAGAUUGCAAAAUGUGACGAGGAUAUCUUUGGAGGCACCGUUGCUAGUCCCUGUUUACAGGAGUCUGACCAACAGACCAAGCAGUCAGAGAGUUUAUCAGGAUUUCUCCCUUCACAGCUCCUUGACUUAGGCCUUUCAUCUGUAGAGGGAAUCAAAAAUUGGACAUUGCCUUUGAGUGACUUUAAUGGCCAGUUCUGUCCUUUCAAGAGCACACCUGACCUACAAGGCAACCACCAAAAUGCUGGAAGAAGGGACAUGUCAGCAUGGUUAAAUAUGUUUGCAGAUCUUGAUCCGUUAGCAAACUUAUCAACCACCAGCCGAUCAGAUGAUGACCUUAUUAGCGCAUAAAAAGCAGAUGAAACCUGUUGACCUCUCGUAUGAAAAUGUUUCUGCAGACAUUAUGACAACAUAAGCAAAGGGAAUAUUUAUUUAAGUGACCUGAAAAAUGUCAAAUAUGAUGAGACUUUAACAUUCAUUCUUUUUUACGCGAUUUCCUCUAAUUUGCCCAAUUUCAGAUUCCUUUACAGUGCUCAGUGUUUUAAAGAUUAACAGUUUUGCCUCGCAAAGUAUUUUAAUAUUUCCAAUAAAGUACUUUUUAACUGAAAUUAUAGUGGAAAAAGAUGUUACAAACUUAACUGAAUAAAAUGUUUACCUCAAA